UGAUAAUUACAACCACAAUUGUCCAGAAUGGUCUUGACUAAACAUAUUGAUGCCUAUAAUUUGGAGUAUGAACUCCUUAAGAAACAACCCAAGGUCAAAUUGACCAAUAGGGAAGAAUACAUCAAUGUCUAUGAUGCUGAGUCUUACAUUCCAUUGUACGAUAUCCCUGAGCAAUCCUCUAAUGAAGAAUUGAUUUGUACACAACUUGCUGAAAAGCUUGCUCUUGAUGGUAACCCCACAUUGAACUUGGCCUCGUUUGUCAAUACUCACAUCAGUGAUAGUUCUUUGAAGUUGAUUACGGAAAACAUCACCAAGAAUUUGGCUGAUAAUGACGAGUAUCCUUCUUUGAUUGAUAUUCAAACCAGAUGUAUUUCGAUUCUUUCCAAUUUGUGGAAUGCACCAUCCAAUGUUCAUCCAGAGACUGGGAACAAAGUCACAAACAGUAUCGGUACUGCCACUACCGGGUCUUCCGAAGCGAUCAUGUUGGCAGGAUUGGCAUUGAAGAAGAGAUGGCAAGAAAAGAGAAAAGCUGAGGGAAAGUCCAUUGCUGAACCAAAUAUUAUCAUGGCUACCUGUGCUCAAGUUGCUCUUGAGAAAUUUGCCAGGUACUUUGAUGUUGAAAAUAGGUUGAUUCCUGUAACCGCUGAAUCAGGACAUGUAAUUGACCUUUCCAAGAUUAAGGAGAAUAUUGACGAGAAUACCAUUGGUAUAUUCGUGAUUAUGGGAUCUACAUUCACCGGUGCCUUUGAACCAGUCGAAGCAAUUUCUAAUUUGUUGGAUGAAGUGGAAAAAGAAACUGGUCUUGAUAUUAGGAUCCAUGUCGAUGGUGCUAGUGGUGCGUUUGUUGCACCAUUUGUGUUUUCUCAUUUAAAAUGGGAUUUCCUGAUUCCUCGUGUUGAUUCCAUAAACACUUCUGGCCAUAAGUUUGGGUUGACUCUGUGUGGGUUAGGUUGGGUGAUUUGGAAAGAUGCAAAUUUGUUGCCGCAAUCGUUGAAAUUCAAUCUUGAUUAUUUAGGUGGUGUUGAAGAAACAUUUGGUUUGAAUUUCUCAAGACCAGGGUUCCCAGUUAUCACCCAAUACUACAACUUUUUAACAUUGGGUAGAGAAGGGUAUAGAAAAGUGUUUGAUGGUUGCUUAUCCAAUGCCCGUCUCUUGUCCAAUUUUUUGGAAGGUUCAAAAUAUUUUGAUGUUGUUUCUGUAAUCCAUCACACUUUAACUGCUGAAGAACAAAAAAAGACUUAUACCAAACAUGACGGAGAAGAUUUCCAAGUCAAUGAACAAUACAAGCCAGGAUUACCCGUGGUUGCAUUUACUUUCUCUCAAGAAGUUCAAGAAAAGUAUCCUGAACUUCCCCAAUCAAUCUUCUCCCUGCUUUUGAGAAGAAGAGGAUACAUUGUUCCUAACUAUCACUUGCCUCCUGAUGAAAACGACAAGGAAAUUUUAAGAGUUGUCAUUCGUACUUCCAUGUCGUUGGGUUUGUUAGAAAAAUUAUUGCAAGAUUGUGUCGAAACCAUGGAAUUGUUGAUUGAUGCUGCUGAAAAAGUCAGAGAGAUUACCUCGGAAGAUAAUGUUAAAGGUGAAGUUGCUAAUAGACAAGCAGUUCACGAUUUGUUGGUGGCUAUUGCUUCUGGUGGUGAAGCUACUGUUCGUUCUGCUCAAUUGGAAAAGGUGGAAAAGACAGGUGAUAGCGCUGGAAAAGAAAAGAACUCCUAUCGUGGUACAUGUUAAAUCUUAAAUAGUUAACGGUGAUUUUACGUUU